CAAUAAGUACUCCACCUCCUUCACUCCUUCCCUCUUCACCAGUUAACUCUUCUCCAUUUCUAUUCUCCAUCUCUUUCUUUGGUCUUAACUUCUUUUAGUUAUAGAAAAUGGCCAUUUUGAGAGUAGCUAGCAACUUAUUUUUGACACUACUCCUAGUACUAAUUGUUAGUGUUGAUGCCAAAAUCCCUGGAGUUUAUACAGGUGGUGAUUGGCAAAAUGCUCAUGCAACCUUCUAUGGUGGAAGUGAUGCCUCUGGAACCAUGGGUGGAGCAUGUGGAUAUGGAAACUUAUACAGCCAAGGGUAUGGUGUAAACACAGCAGCAUUAAGUACUGCUUUGUUCAACAGUGGUUUAAGUUGUGGUGCUUGUUUUGAACUCAAGUGCGCUGAUGAUCCUAAAUGGUGUCAUUCUGGUAGUCCUUCCAUCUUAAUCACAGCAACCAAUUUCUGUCCGCCUAAUUUUGCUCAAGCUAGUGAUAAUGGUGGUUGGUGUAAUCCUCCUCGACCUCAUUUUGACCUUGCCAUGCCUAUGUUUCUCAAAAUCGCUGAAUACCGCGCCGGGAUCGUUCCGGUUGCUUACCGCCGGGUACCAUGCCGAAAGAGUGGAGGAAUAAGGUUUACAAUAAACGGAUUCCGUUACUUCAAUUUGGUUUUGAUAUCAAACGUCGCCGGAGCAGGAGAUAUAGUACGCGUGCUCGUUAAAGGGUCAAAGACCGACUGGAUGCCAAUGAGUAGAAACUGGGGACAAAAUUGGCAAUCAAAUUCAGUACUAGUAGGGCAAUCUUUGUCAUUUCGUGUUACUGCCAGUGAUGGUCGUUCUUCUGCUUCGUAUAACAUCGCACCAGCUAAUUGGCAAUUCGGUCAAACUUUCUCUGGCAAAAACUUCAGAGUCUGAGUUUGUGAACCCUAUAAGAAGAAAAAACAGUAAUUCCCGCUCUUGUUUUGUUUUUACUUUAAUAUUGGCGCCACUACUUUAGAUUUCUUUUGUUUUUAUCGGAUGAGAAAGUGAAAAGAGAUGGUGGGAAAGAGAGCGAAACAAGGGAAUUAUUUCUACAUGGAUUAGGGUAAAUUUUUGGACUUUUGGAGUUGUUUUUUACUCACUAAAAGAUGCUGGAGUGUGGGUUUAAUUUGGUGGCUGAAGUGACUGCAAAAAAGGGCAGUCCGCAACUUAAGUAUUUGAACUGCUUUUGUUAAGUGUUUCUGCUUCGUGCUAAUACAUAUACUAGUAUGAAACUAUCAAUGAAUGGAUGAAUAUAUUUUAAGUUUGCUA